AUGGACGCACUUGAUUUUGCUGAUUGUGGAAAUGCUUUCGGAGAGGCCAUAGAAUUCCGAGAGGGAAAUCCUAUAAAACUUCUGAGCUAUGAUCAAACGAACAAUGAAAUUAUUUUAAAUGGGAAAGCACUUGACGUCAUAAAACAAAUUAGCGAACCUGUAGCCGUCAUUUCCAUAGGCAAAUCUUGGUUUGCCAAUGUUCUUCACGGUCGACACGACGGUUUCGAACUUGGAGCUGAAUUGGACGGAUGUACCAGGGGCAUAUACAUGUGGGACACCCCAUUUCUACAUGAGGGCAAAUGUGUGAUCGUGCUAGAUUGCGAGGGAAUAGAUGAACCUCGUCAAGAUCAGGAGUGGGCCACGAAGUUAUUUAUAUUAUGUAUGGCCGUUUCCUCCUCGUUUGUAUAUAACAUCAAUGGAAUCGUAGGAAAUUCAGAUAUUGGAAAGUUAUUCCUAAUGACGGAUCUCUCAAAAUACAUCACCCAACCCAGGGGUUGCAAAUUUUUACCAAGAUUGGUGGUGUUGCUAAGGGAUUUCAUGUUGAAAAACCCGGAUGACUUUCGGGAGUAUUUCUUGAAAAGAUUGGACGAAGCUAAUUCUGAAGCUGCGAACGGUGUAAGAGAGUAUUUUGCGAAUUUCGACGUUUAUGGAUUACCUUUUCCAGGAGUUCAAAAGGAAAAACUGCAGUGUAUGGACAAGGUCAAGACGGAAGAAUUAAAUAAAGAGUUUGUCUCCGAAGUUAUUCAUUCGGUGAACGGGAUCCUCGCAAGUGUCGAGCCAAAAUAUAUUGGCGCUUCGUCCAUGUCCGGUGUGAUGUUUUCGGAAUUCCUUGUGGGGUGUGUUGGGGAAUUAAAUGAUCCUGAAAAUAAAGUUAAACUCUCAAUUCCCGAUGAAUACGAUUCUGUGGUCAAAUAUGUCGCUCAAAAAUCAAUCAAGGGAUGCAAAAAAAUCUAUGCAUCUACCAUGGAGAGAGAAAUUGACACUCUCAAAAUGCCAAUCCAAUGGUCGGAAUUUAGUUCGAUCCACUCCGAGGCAUUCAACGAGUCGGAAACCGAAUUUUCGAAAAGUAUAAUCGGCUCUGGACCUCAGAUAGUUAAAUUUCAACUAGAGCUUCAGGAAGGGAUAGAGGAACUGAGGGAGUCUUUUUAUAAAAAAAAUUCUGAGGCACUAUAUAAUUAUAACAAUCAGUUGGCUGAAAAUUUGUGGGAACUCCACGUCACAAAGGGUCUUCUUACUCCAGAUAACCUAUUUCCGAGUAAAGAUGAAUUCGAAGAUGCGAUUGGCAUAUUCGAAAUCGAGAUGGACAGCUUGAUGAUGCCAAGUCCCGAAUUUUCCAAGGUGAUGGCCAACUUUAAAUCCAAAAAUUAUAAAGAUGCCGUUGACAAGUUGGAAUCUUUGGGCGUGUUACAAUCGAGUCUUGCUGGAGAGAUGCGUCGAAACCAGGAAGCGCAACAAAAAAUCCUUGAAUUCGCUGCUCAGGAGAAUGAGAUGGUGACGAAACUGGAAGAGAUGAAACGCGAACGCGAGGAAAUGGUGCGACAAAUUGAGAAAAAGAUGGAUGAAAUGAAUGACGCAUUACGAAAACAGGAAAUUCGGAGCAACGCGAUCCUGGAAGAAAUGAGAGAGGAAAAGGAUAUGGCGAUUUUGACGUUGAGGAAUGCAAAGGAAAAUACGAUAGUACAACGAGAAAAAGAUCUUGAGAAUCUGAGGAAGGAUAAAAGCGAAUGGCAGGAUAUUCUGAAAACUCUGGUUCCGGUUAUUCAGGUCGGAUUAAAGGUUUUGGGCGCAAUUUUUCUGAAGUUGCUCAUCUGA